GACUAUUUUAGACUGGUUCGGGUAGGCGCCGCUGCGGAGUAGCCCAGUACCUGCGUGAUUCGUCAUAGACAUAAACAGAGAGAAGUAGCUCCGGCUACAGUGUUCUUCCGCGAGACGCACGCAGUUCUGUUUAUUAGCCGCUAGAGCGCCUAAAGUUACAGACUGCAGAUCUAAGUUUGUGUGUGCUGACCGUUCCCGGAGGUCGAACGCUUUCUAGUUUCGUUUUACAUCAGUAUUUUUUACCAGAUGGGGCUGGGUUCGUUUCACGCAAAUACUCUUGAAGUUUUCUUUUAGUGUCGCUGCCAUCUUAACUUUUUAUUCCCUCGUUUAUUUGGGACCUGGUCUCGUUCAUCCAGCUGUUAUUAUUAUCGGUUUACCGAAGCGUUCGGUGAUGAUGUGGAAGACACACACUCCGCAUCCGUUCGUUCAUGAAGUGAAAUUAACAGCAGCUCGGCGGAUUCGGGGAAUGAUUCUGGGCGUGGUUCUGUUUCCUGUACGCAUCACCCUGGCCACACUCUUCUUCCUGCUCAUGUGGCCCGUCGCUCGUCUGCGAUUGGCCGGUCUGUCGGCGGCGGAGAGGGCGGAGCCAGUGCGGGGCUGGCGCUGGUGGCUCUUCCAUCACAUCAUGCUCUUCCUCAGCCGCGCCGUCUUCUUCUCCGUGGGCUUCCUGUGGAUUAGGGUCAAAGGGCGUCAGGCAGGACUGAAGGAAGCGCCGGUGUUGGUCGUAGCGCCACACAGUGGAUUCCUGGACAUGCUAGUGCUUUACGCGACAGGUCUGCCGAUCGUCGUGUCGCGGGCGGAGAACUGCAGACUCCCCGUCAUCGGAGCGCUGCUGGAGUUCAAUCAGUCGCUGAUAGUGAGUCGAAAAGAUCCACAGUCCAGGAAGAAAUGUGUGUCUCAGAUCUGUGAGAGAGUCACCUCUGACGCCCGCUGGCCUCAGAUGCUCAUGUUUCCUGAAGGAACAACGACUAACGGCCGAGCUCUGAUCAAAUUCAAACCCGGAGCGUUUCUGGCCGGCGUUCCCGUGCAGCCCGUCCUGCUCCACUAUCCUGGAGAACCGGACACGGUUCGCUGGACCUGGAAAGGACAGACGUGGCUCGGUGCUCUGUGGCACACCACCUCUCAGAUCCACACCAGCGUCACUGUGGAGUUCCUGCCCGUCUACACGCCGUCACCGGACGAGAAGCAGAGCCCCGAGUUAUACGCAGAGAACGUACAGAAGCUCAUGGCCGAAGCUCUGUGUGUUCCUGCCACUGAUUACGUGAUGGAGGGCCGUUCUCCUGAUAAAAAACUGGGAAACCUCUCGCUUCCCCUGGAGCCUCCGGCACAGGAAACACUCAGACUGCUCCGUGAACACGGUCUCACUAGUGCUCAUGUGGAGGCCGUGAUGAACCACGUGAUUGACAGCUGUCACUCAGGCCAGAGCUCCAUGGUAACAGCCGAUCACCUGGCCGCUCUAUUGGGGCUGAAGGACAGAAAGAUGGCGGUGAAGAUCUGCUCGCUUUACUCAAAGGACGAUACGGUGGAUCUGAGGCAGAUCUGUCUGAGUGUUUCUGCUGUUUCUGGGUUCAGGAGUCUGGAGUCUCUCAUACACAUCUGUUGGCAGUGGUACGACGCAGACCAGGAUGGGUUGUUGAGCGCAGAUGAUCUGUCUGGGCUGAUGGGGGCGCUGGUGGGUGUCCCUCAGUACUCUAUCACAGAGAUGUAUACGGCGCUGACCGCCAGGGGGCGACCCACUGAAGCUUCUCUGCAAGACUUGCUGAUGACGCAUCCAGUUUAUCGCAGAGUCUGUACCGAGUAUCUCCACUCCAGUGGGUCCGCGGACAGAAAUCACAAUGGGAUUCCCAACAGAAAGGCCAACGGGAUUAAUAACGGUUACGGAGCGACCGAAACGAAGUCCGACUGAGGUUGCAUCGCAAUACUGGAACGAACGUCUGCAAAUAUUCAAUAUCUUUACACCAAGCCAGGUGUUAGCUGUUGUUCAGUCCGACUGGACGUACGUUAACUAGCAUGGACUGAGCGCGAGUUGAGAUUGUAGUUUUGAGGUUACGUGUAUGCGAGUGAUUUCUUGUAAUUUGUGCUGUUUUCGCGUCAGUCUCUGCGCUGGGAAAGAUACUGUGAGAAUAUACCACUACUACAUGUGCCCUGGAUAUAUAUUUUAUCAUGAAGUCCGAAGGAUCCGUUUGUGUAUUUAAAACUGUAUUUUUGUCAUUUUAAGCUUUGUAUAUUGGAAAAACCAAAGACGUACUGUACUGCGAAGGAUUUCUGCCGAAGUGUCAUAUUUUAUACUUUAAUAUAUUAAAAUGUUUUAAUAAA